UCCAUAGCAACUACAUAUUAUUUAGAAAUUCUUCCGAAAACUGCGCUAUCGUUAUUAAACAACUUGCCCUCUACCAUUCGUUUUGAGUCUUCGACGUUAGUUUUUGGAUCUUUCAGACAUUUGGUUUGGGAAUUGGAAGAAUUUUUUUCCAGAAAUUUAUGUCUGGUGAACCUUUUGCUUUGUAACAAUAACAGACUUGACUCUUUAUACGUUAAUCACUUUGCUACAUUGCGACUUAAAUAUUUGGUAAAUUUCAUAUUUAGUAGUUGUUUUUCCUUCUCAUUUGAACAUUAUUUCACAUGCAAAAUCCGGUUGUUGGUUUACCAAGAUUCGAGCGUCGCUUGACAGGCCCUCGAGCUGCUCCAGGUACUGCUUCUGAUCUUCCUCCGUCUUUGCCUAGGCUGUCUACUUCUGGCUUUUCUUCUAAUUUAAAUGAAGACAUAGAGAAAAAAUCUGUGCAAUCUCCUAUUAAUAUCGACGCUUGUGGACGUCCAUCGGUAAAUAAACCGACAAGUAUUGAACCUAUUGCUCAAGUCGAUCGCUCCUCGCCUAGCAAACAACCUCGAGUUCGUUUUGCUUUUCCAGACAACUUGAAUUUCAAUCGACGUCCUUCUCCUCCACUCACUUAUAAUGAUCGUCCGCUGCCACGUCACACAUCCCCUUCUUUACCAUUUAUAGAGCAAGAAAAUGCUUUUGAUUCAGAUAUAACUGAGAAUUCUUCCAACGUUAAGUCAGAAUCGAACUUUACUCAACAACCCCAACAUUCUACGUUCGACAGUUACAAAUCAAGUAAUGGUCACUUCCCCUCAAUGUCUAGGAAGUUGCCUUCUACCAAACAAUUCCCCAUAAUCUCUACUCAUGACACAAAUACUAAUUUAGAGUCGCAACAAGAUAUCGCAGGUGAUGAGGACUUUGAAUCCGAUCCAUCUCCCGUUUCCAAACAAUUUAAUCGUAUUCUCCCCAUGCCUCCUGUACAGUUCUCAUGCUCUGGUCCUGCUAGUAAGUCUCAUCUUCACCGCUCAAAUUCAGAAAAAUCAUGUUACGCGUGUGGUUUGUCCCUGCGUGCUGGUCGUAUAAUUACUGCUGCAAAUAAGAAAAUGCACCCUAAUUGCUUUCACUGUGCCACUUGCUUCCAGAACCUAGAGCAUGUUGGUUUCUUUUUCCGUGAUGAUAACUUUUAUUGUCAUUUAGACUAUCACGAGCAAUUUAGUCCUCGCUGUAAAUAUUGUACAACACCUAUAGAAGACCGGGCAAUUCACAUCGGUAAUGAUUGGUUUCAUGAAAAUCAUCACUUUUGUGCUGGUUGUUCAGAAAACUUUCGUGAAAACAGUCCUUGUAUAUUUCGCGAUGACUUAUAUUGGUGUCAAAAUUGUUAUGAUAACAAAUACGCUGUAAAGUGUAACAAAUGCAGAAAACCUAUUUUAGGGGUAAGCGUCAACGGAAUCGAUGGGGAAUAUCACCACGAUUGUUGGAAUUGUGGUGUUUGCAAUCGUUUACUUGGCGACGAUGGUUAUUUUGUCAUUGAAGAUACACCUAUUUGUCGCUCUUGUAAAGCAAUAUCUGUCAAAUUCAACUUAAAAUAGUCACUCUCGGAAUCCGCCGUUGUGAAACUUUAUUUUUUUUCCAAUUGUUGCUCAGUUCAUUUUCAGUCUCUGGCUAUAUUCGGAAUACCACGGCUCUCGUUCUUUAAAAAACAUUUUUUGUCAUUUGGUUGAUUAUCUUCUUUUAUCUUUUGUAUAUGCAUUAAGCUAUGUUAUUUUUUUCCUUUCGAUUUACGACUGUUAUUUACUAUUAAUUUUUUCGAUUUUAUCAAAAACAUCUGAAAUUUUUAUUCAUGCCUACUGCAAACGAGUUGUAUAUAAACUUGUUAAUUGUGAAGACCCAAAAAUCCUUAUUAAAUAUCCCAUUUAACUCAUCUAAACCAAUUAUGCUAGUUUUAAUCUAAGCUAUUUCUUUUUUUUUUGUUUUAGUUAUAGACGUCGCCGGC